UAAAACUGACAUAGCAACCACCAGUGAUACUCCAGUCACUGGAAAGACCAGAACAGAAAUUAUACAUGAGAGGAUCGGUUACGACCCAAAACCGAAAGCACAACCCUCAAAACCACCUAUUGUUUAUUAACUUUAUUUUUACAAAUAUAUUUUUUUUAAAGUACAAUUUUAGGUAGAUAUGAACAAAUUAUUUUGUCUUAAGCAGAGUUUUCGUAAUAAAUUGAUUAGUCAUAAACAUGUAGUAAAUAGCUGGCAAUCUCCUUGCCAGACAAUUUUGAGACUUUUGGCACCUUUUGGAAUUUAUCAGGAUAAAGACUUUCAUUCUAUUGCUCAAGACAAAGUCUGUACUAGUUUACAAUGUUUAGAAAGACUAAAUGAACAAAUUGAUACUGGUAAAAGAUGUUUGAAAAGAAAAAGUAACGUUUUAAAAGAUAUAUCUAGGAAAGUGGUGCUAUUUCAUUAUGAUGAUUUGAUGGGAAGGAAAAAUGUAUUCAAAGAUCAUGUAAGAUUUUACAGAAGAGAAGGGUAUUCCGGUGAUAUCACUGAUGGGGUAUUUGAAGAGGACUCAUCCAAAAUUGAGGCAAGUGACACUUCUGAUAAUGUAAUUGAGAAGGGCUCAUCUGAAACAGAAGAAAAUGAGGAUGAAAACAUCAAUGCGGACUUUCUACUAGAAGAUAGUGAAUACAACAGGUGCUUUCAAGAAUUUUGUAAUCUUCCGGAAGCUGGACAUAAAGUCUUUAUUAUACAAAUUGAACUGAGGGGUACUCAGAAGAGAGCUAUUGCCUCCCCUACUCACCUUCAACUUGCUGAAAACGAAGCUCUUGUACAUUCCAUACCUCGCUGGUCCGUCGUUCAUUCUGAAAUUGUUAGAGUUAAAGAAGAGCAAAGUGUCCGUCUGAUGACAAAUGCACUUCAAUCAGUAGCUGAUAAAAUCAGAACAACACCAAAUGUCAGCGCUGUAUUUAUAUCUAGAAAUAAAUUGUCCCCUCAAUUACGUGUAUUGGCGCAUAGACUUUAUAAGAGGCCAGUAUUUGACAGGUCUUUCAUUUUAAUUCAGGUGUUUAAAUUCCAAGCCCAGACAAAGGAAGCCAGAUUACAUUUGGCACUGGCAGAAUUACCUUUUCUCAGGUAUUGUAUGACACAUGGAUUUGAACCAGGGGAAUAUGGCCGACCUGUGAAGAGGUUCGUCAGAUAUCCAUUUGCGGAAAGGGAAAGAAAGUUACAGGCAGCACUGAAGAUAUUAGAGAAACAGCAUGUUAUGACACGUAAUAGACGUAACAGUAGACAAAUACCAACGAUUGCUGUGAUUGGCUACACUAACUGUGGUAAAACUACAUUAAUUAAAGCACUGACUGGAGAUGAAGACAUGAUACCUAGGAAUAAAUUAUUUGCCACUCUAGAUGUUACUGCCCAUGGUGGCUUGCUACCUAACAACAUGAUGGUUGUAUAUAUGGAUACUGUUGGAUUUCUGACUUACCUUCCUCCCAAUCUUCAAGGAGCAUUCACAGCAACCCUGGAGGACACUUUGCAUUCUGAUUUGAUUAUACAUGUAAGAGAUGCGAGUCAUCCAGACAUGGUGGCACAAGAGCUCAAUGUAAGACAGUCAAUACAGAAACUUGUACCUAAAUAUAAACUAGACACAAUGAUCGAGGUAUACAAUAAAGUGGACAGGCUUGAACAGUCCGAGAGGGAGAGUAUCAUGAAAAAUCAGGCUGAUCCAAAUGUGUUCAAUAUAUCAGCAGUUACAGGGGAGGGGAUGGAACAGCUCAGACAGGAAGUUCAAACACGUCUGCUUCAAAAUAUUGACUUCCUGCAAAAAACGUUAAAGAUACCUUUGACAGGUGAACAUCUAGGCUGGCUUUAUAAGGAAUCAACAGUGGUUUCAACGCACACGGAUGACAGUGACUCAGAGUGCCUCAUUGUUAAUGUUUAUAUUAGUAAGGGAAAUUAUCAGAAAUUCAUGGCCCAUUUUGGACGCAGAAAAGCUACAAGUAGUAAAAUUUAGCAAUAGUAAUUAUUCAAAGAACAAAGUUCAACAAUAGAAAUCAUUGUUAACACUUUUAUAGUGCAUCAUGGAAUAUCAUUUGAAUAACAGUUGAAGCAAUCAUGGGAUGGUAAAUGUUGUUGUGUAACUAGACUCAAGACGUCAGAUUUUAACAAUAAAUAGAUUGAUGGACACUUUGAUAAUUACCUUUACUGAAUGUAAAUUGUCAAAUUGCCUGACUUAUGAUAAUAUCUUAUGCUAUUUAAUAUCAUUUAAUGUCUGACUUGUUGCAUUUGAUAUGCUAAAGUUGUGCCAAGAGUUCGAAAUAAAGAAUGUAAUGAA